GUCGUCGCGCCACCGUCGAGCCCGGUCGACAACGGUCUCCGCGGGGAAUAAAACGGCGUCGUUGGCGCGCGCGCUAGUGUAGUGCGCGCGGGCACCACACCGGCCCGGCGGCAGUCGUAAACGAGCAUGUACCGCCCGACACGGUCAGUCCGCGUUCGCGCACCGCAUCGAACAGUUCGCCGCCGUCGCGCCAUGUACACGGCGUCCUCGCCACUGCUACCGUCGCAGCAGCCGUCGUCGUCGUCGUCGUCGUUUUCGCCGAAACCGAAAUUUGAUAUUAAUAAUAAUAUUAGUGAUAACAACGGACAUAACGAUUUCGCCGUCGGAUCGCCCCUACUCUGACACGACUGUGCACUCAAUCGGUGACAACAAUAUUUUAUAACACGCCGUUACUAUCCGUCUCUGAUAAAAAACAUUUUUUUCGCGCGUUUUGUUUUAGAUAUUAUUUUUUUCUCGACACCCUCGCUCGUCGUGGUUAAGUGUUAAUUAAUUUAUAUAUAUAUUUUUUUUCAAUCCUCCCGCGGAUUUGUCAUGGUCGUCGGACCCGCACCGGCCGUUUUCUAGCGUAUGCUUUCGGUCGACGAGUGACCACCGCUGCCUCCCCGCCGACGACGCGAGUAUGUGCGUGUUCUUCGCUAUUCUCAUACUCGUACCGAUGUGGCACUCGGUGUGCGGCCAAUACCAUCACAGCAACGCGUCGUCCGGUCCGCAGUUCAACUAUGACGCGCCGGAGGACUGCGCGUGGAAGGUCCGCGACGGGCACGGCGAUGAGGUGCUGCUGGCGUGCACGCUCCGGACCAUCAACAGCGAGAUAGACACCACAAACUUCUCGGCCAUCCCGUCCGAGCACACCGUAUCGUUGCUCAUAUCGUGUGAUCCCGCGAUCACGGCCCGCAGCUCGAUGGAGAACCAGAGUUUCGCCCACCUCGUGCGGCUCCGCGAGCUCGAGCUGGACGCGUGCAAGCUGGCCCGGUGGCCGGCCGCCACGCUUGCCGGGCUCACAGACCUCCGAAACCUGACCGUCAGGACGGGUAUGUCCGAUUGGCCGGACGCCGGCAUGACCGUCGAAAUUGCGGCUGGUAGUUUCGCACACGCCGGCCGCCUGGAACGGUUGGAUCUGAGCACCAACAACAUUGUCGCGCUGCCCGAGAACGCGUUCUGUCAGCUACCCAACCUGGUGAUUUUAAACCUGAGCAGGAACCGCAUACAGGACGUUGCUGAUUUAGGGUUCGGCGAACGCGCGCCACCGCCACCACCGCAGCCGCUGAUCAGCGGGCGCGAUGAAGUGUACGACGCAAACCAGUACCUGAGGAAGCCUACGUCCAGUCAGUGUCCACUUGAUGUCCAGUCCGUCGACGUAUCGUGGAACCGCAUUGCCGUAAUACCGUCCAACGGUUUCAGCUCGUUGCGCCGGCUCACUGAGCUUCGGCUCACUGGUAACGAGAUAUCAGUGGUCAACGAUAGGCCGCUCGGGGGGCUUACUGGACUAGAGAUUCUCGACAUAUCUUGCAACAACAUUAUCUCAUUGCCCAUCGACAUGUUCAAGGACGUGGCAGAUAGUAUCAAGCAAAUCCACCUGCAAGACAACUCAAUCAGCGCUUUGUCUCCAGGUCUGUUCGUCAACCUGUACCAGUUGACUUCGCUAGAUCUAUCAUCAAAUCUGCUCACCAGCACUUGGAUAGACGCCAGCACGUUUACGGGUCUCAUUAGAUUGGUGGCGUUGAACUUGUCCAAUAACAAAAUAUCCAAGCUCGACCCAACGAUAUUCCACGAUCUAUACACGCUGCAAAUAUUAAAUUUAGGAGGUAAUCUAAUCGAUUCGAUACCAAACGAUGCAUUCAUACCGCUUAGGAACCUCGACACGUUAGUGCUGUCAAACAACAAAAUUGUCGAUGUCAGUCCAUUGGCUUUGAACGGCCUCUACGCGCUGACUCUGCUCUCGUUGGAUGGAAAUAAACUGACAGACGUGCACGAGGACUGCUUUAAAAAUUGCACCACACUGCGGGAAUUAAACCUCAGCGGUAACGUUUUAAAAACCAUUCCAUUGGCUUUAAGAGAAAUGAGAAUGCUGAAGAAUGUGGAUUUAGGAGAGAAUAAAAUCGACUCCAUAGACCCAGAUUCGUUUUAUGGUAUGUCAAACUUAAAUGGUCUGAGGUUAAUGGGAAAUCGACUCCGCAAUAUAACUUCUAACCUUUUUGACAAUUUAAUUUCACUGCAAAUAUUAAGCGUUGCACACAAUCAGAUCGAUUUUGUGGCUUCGGACGCGUUUCAAAACAUUUCAAGCAUAGAAGCGAUCAGGCUGGACGGUAAUCGACUAUCGUCGAUAGAACAUAUAGUUCGCAACGUGUCCAGUCUGAGGUGGCUGAACGUGUCCGAUAACGUCUUAAAUGAUUUUGAUUAUGGUAUGUUACCGGAACGGCUAGAAUGGCUUGCCAUGCACAAAAACUACCUAACCGAGUUGUCCAACAAAAAUGGUGUCACCAUCAAAAUUCGUCAGCUGGACGUGAGGUACAACUACCUAACGUACAUUAGCCCGGCCUCGAUACCGGAUAGUGUAGAGAUACUACUGAUGAACGACAACCAGAUCAUGACCGUGGAGACAGGAACUUUCUUGCGAAAGACCAACAUCACCCGGGCCGAUAUGUACGCAAAUCAGAUCGGCCAGUUGGAUAUCAACGCACUGCGAUUGGCACCUGUUCAUUCGGACAGACCACUACCAGAGUUCUACAUCAGCGGCAACCCGUUCCAGUGUGACUGUAAAAUGGAAUGGCUGCAACGUAUCAACCUGCUGGCUGGGCUGCGUCAAUACCCGAUGGUGAUGGAUAUACCGUCAAUUUAUUGCAAGCUGCUGUACAACCGGGAGAAUAAGUACGUGCCACUGUCUGAAAUCAACCCAGCGCAAUUUGUAUGUACUUACAAGACGCAUUGUUUUGCCGUGUGUCAGUGCUGCGAGUUUGACGCGUGUGACUGCGAAAUGACAUGUCCAGCCAACUGCACGUGCUACCACGAUCAGCCGUGGUCGUCCAAUAUCGUUGACUGUUAUUCAUCCAACUACACCCAGCUUCCAGCUAAAAUUCCUAUGGAUGCCACUGAGGUCUAUCUGGACGGAAAUUUGUUCACCCACCUGUCCAGUCAUGCGCUUCUGGGCCGCAAGAACCUGCGUAUACUGUUUGCCAACAACUCAGGCAUCCAGUCGGUGCGCAACGAUACGUUUACGGGGCUUAAGCGUCUAGCCGUACUGCACCUGGAGGACAAUCAGAUUGAGAGGUUCGAUGGAUCUGAGUUCAACACCGUGGAGAACCUUCGGGAACUGUACCUACAGCACAAUUCAAUAAGCUACAUCAGCAACAUGACGUUUGAACCACUAAAGAGCCUGCAGGUUCUACGGCUCGACCACAACAGACUGUAUGAUUACGACUCGUGGAUAUUGUCUACCAACUUGCACCUGGUCGAGCUGCACCUAUCCAACAACCCGUGGUCGUGUGACUGUGAGUUUGUCCAGUCGUUUAGACGGUACAUUAUGGCGUCCGGUGAUAAGGUCGUAGACUCGGCCACCGUCAUGUGCCAUUCUGACGGAAACAGGGACGUAAGUAUUCGUGACCAAAAUGCCACUGAGUGUAGCUCAUUUUUUGGUUCCAUCGUAGAAAAUCGUAUCGUCCGAGACGUAUUGCCUACGGCACUAACGGCUGUGUGUAUAAUUUUAGCUCUGGUGCUAAUCUUGUACCUUGUAGUCGUAUACAGAGAAGAGUGCCGUGCUUGGGUGUACUAUAAAUGCGGAUUCAGAAUAUGUCAUAAAACCGUACCAUUCGAAGAUGACAGGAUGUUCGAUGCGUACGUCACGUACAGCCUGAAAGAUGACGGUUUCGUUGCUCAGAUGCUGGCUCCCGGGCUGGAACAGGGCAACCCGAGGUACAGGGUAGGCUUACACUAUCGAGAUUUUAAUGUCAGCUCGUUUGUCGCUGAUACUAUUGUGGAAGCUAUCGAGUCAUCCAAGAGAACAAUUCUGGUCGUUUCUAAAAAUUUUGUGGAAUCUGAAUGGUGUCGAUUUGAAUUCAAAUCAGCACUGCACGAAGGUCUUAAGGACAAAAAGGGACGGCUCAUCGUCGUCGCACUCGGUGAAAUUCAGCCAAAGGACGUCGAUCCGGAACUCAGAGUUUACAUGAAAAAUUCUAUACAAGUAAACUGGGGUGAUCGAAUGUUCUGGGAAAAAUUAAAGUUUGCUAUGCCGGAUGUUAGCAAGUGUCAAAGCUUAAUGUCACGGUCUAGAAAUGGUGUAAAUAUCUAUGCGACACCAUUGAGGACGUCCUAUUCAUUUGGUAGCCAGCCACCAAGGACUGCUUCAGUACAGUCAAGCAAGUAUUACUUGUCACCAGCGUACGUGGAUUCUUCGCAGCAUCUUUGGGCGUGAUUUGCCAAAAGUGUUUAUGCAAUGUCAAAGAAGAGGCCGCUCAAAACCAAAAAUUACAAAUAAAUCUUUUUAACACGAUCCUUUUAAUAUAUAUAUAAAAAAAUUGUAUUUUCUACGUUCCCAUUAUUAUACUAUAUAAAACAUUAUAACGCAUUAUAUUAUUAUAUUAUAUACCUAUACGUCUUUGUAUUUCGGUCGAUUAACUUAUAAUAAUUAUUAUUUUUUAUGUAUAGAAAUAUGAAUAUUUUAAUGUUAAUUUUAAGUUUUCCCGUUGGAUUUCUAGUCAAAAUUCUCGCGUACACACACUAUUAUACUAUUAUACUAUUAUUAUAACAUUCGUGUUACAACAAUUAUAGGUAGGUAGGUACCUAUUGUAAAACAUUAUAUAGUCCAGCCAUAUUAUUAUUAUUUCGUUAUCGUUAUCGUUAUGGUUAUUGCUGACCGUAUGCCACUUAUAUGCUAUGACACCGAUACACUGAAAGAGCCAUCAUCACCCUUAACGCCGCCGUUUAUGCCAUGACGUUCUUCGCAUGACUCGGGGUAUAUACGGUCAGCAUUGACGUCAGACCAAUCGGCGAGUCACGGCUUCAGCGAAAGAAGACAAUAUAGAGGAAUAUUAUUAUUAUUAUUAUUAUUAUUAUUAUAUUGUAUAUUGUUGUACAUUACACGUGCAUGUGUGUACAGUCGUGCACUUGACGGAAUAUUGUAAUGUGACUGGGCGGCGAUGUGAAGGAACGAUUUUCUUUUGUUUUACUUGAGCUCCGAACAAAAAAAAAACAUCCUUUCGUCGUCGUCCACUUCCGUGUUGGGAAUUUAAAAACAUCAUGUGUAUUCCGCACAGAUAAUAGUAAUAUUCGCUCCAAUAUCUCUAUAUUAUACGCAAACGUAUGCACAAUCAUUAUAAUGUGGUGGUGGUGGUGGUGAUCUAUUCUUCGGCACACAGUUUAGCAAACCGAAACAAUAGCGAUAAUGAUAAUGAUAACGAUAGUAAUAAAUAAGUUCAUAGACGUGUGCCAACGCACACUCUACGUGUACUGAACUUCGGCGUAUACUCCAGUGCUUCGUUUUGUGUUGUUUUUGUCGACAUAUUUUUUCCCCUUAAUAUACGAAUUUCAGUAUAAUAAUAAUAAACAAUAACAAUUAUAUCUCAACAAUGUUUUAAUAAAAAUAACUCGAAUUUUUUUCAACACUGUCGUACAUUUUACUAUAAUAUUGCAAGAUAAUAUAAUAAUGACAUGAUAAUAUUAUUAUUAUUAUACCUACAACUGAUAUUAUAAUUAUUGUAAUAAGCGCAUUGGUUUCAGACUUUCUUUUCUACUCAACCAGGCGAUCUAGUCAUGUUAAAUACUUCAUUUUAUAUAAAUAUAUAACAUAAAUUAUAUAUUCUCAGCUGUGAUAAUAUAUUUAAUAUAAUUUUUAAUUUGUAUCGAUUUUUCGUGUAUAUUUUUUUGACCCCGUGAAAUGUAUUGUGUAUCGUCAAGUUUAAUUAAAACCGAAUACAUUUUGUGUUAAGCCAACUUUGUCAAAUUUUUGUAUAGACUUUUUUUUUAUUAUUAUUAUUAUUAUUAUUAUUAUUAAUUUAUUUAUUACUUUGUAUAUUUUGUCGUUAUUUAUCGUACAAUAUAAAAUAAAUGUUCAUUCA